AAGUUGUUCGUCUGUACAGCAGUACAACGAUCGUCAAAUUGAUAUACAAUGUGCACAGAAAGUUAUGUCUCAAAUAAAUUGUGUUGUAAAACUGGAGCAACAAAUGCGAACGGAAGAUGUAAAAUAUUUGGAAUUAUUGAACAGAUUACGGAAUGGGCAGUCGACAAGAGAAGAUUAUCAACUUCUUUGUUCACGCAUUAUUGGAAGUCCUAAUUUAAAAAUAUCCCUACGACAAAACCCGUGGAACGAAGCUCCUAUACUGGUCUUUCGCAACACUGUUCGAACUCAAAUCAAUAAUCGAGCUGUUUUGAAUAAGGCUAUCGAAUUGGGAGUCACGCCCAUUGUAUGUGUUGCACAAGAUUAUGUCAAGGGUGGUAUAAUUGAUGAUCCACGAUUGCGCAAAGCAAUUCUGGAACUUCCAGACAAUAGAACAGAGCAUCUUCCAGGUUAUUUACCACUUGUACCGGGUAUGCCUGUUUUGCUGACCGAAAAUAUUGCAACUGAAUUGGGACUUUCCAAUGGAACACGUGGUAUAUUUCGUCAGCUUGUCUAUGAGGAAUGUUUUCAGGAUACUGAACUAUAUCAAAACAAUUUUCCCGAACAUACAAAUUUUGUUUUACAACCAAAAUAUGCUUUGGUGGAAUUUCCGAGCUGCAAGCUUGACUAUGCGUUGUCUAAACUCGACCAAAAGAUAAUUCCUAUCUGUCUUAGUGAACAAACUUUCCAAUUUGAUGCAAAAGAGCUUCUAACUGAAAGUACAUCGAAAGCUGCAAAACUUACCAAACGGUCGACAAAGAUUUCCAUUAAACGUAAAGCGCUUCCUCUCGUACCAGCAUACAGCAUAACAACACAUAAGAGUCAAGGUCAAACUCUUGGAAAAGUUAUUAUUGAUCUCGUUGUACCACCUGGCCCAGUUGAAAUCGCAUCGACUUAUGUUCCAUUAUCACGUGUUAAACGCUUGGAAGAUUUAUUAAUUCUUCGUCCUUUUAAAUAUGAAACCCUGCAAGUACAACCAUCGGCAGCACAACUUAACGAAUUAAAUAGGUUAGACACAAUUGCUAAAGAAACGUUGAAACAUUACAAUGUUAUUAAAUGA